AUGAACGAUUGCAAACGGUUCGAGGCGAACAUUUUCAACAAUGGAAAAUGCAAAAAUUGCUACAAAUCCAAACAGAAUCACUCGUCCGAGUCGAUCGAAAACGCAAAGGUACGUGAAUAUUCCACAGAAUUACAGUAGUUUUUGUGCUGUUUUCGUGGCGAGACCCAUGUUUUUUUGCAUCCUGUCCGACCAUUCCCGUUUGUUGUGAGAUUCGAAGAGAAAUGUACCGUUUCUGUAGUCAGUCAUCAAAAGAGAGAGAGAGAGAGGGUCUGAAAAGGACACACAAACAUUGUCGUUUCCACUCUCGCUCUCUCUCUCUCUCUUUCGUCUCCUUCUCGCAUUGAUAACAUUGCCUUUUUUGGCAACUUUCCGAUUUCCCCCAUUCAAAAGUAUUUUCGUUGUCUCGAAUUUCCCAUUAAAAGUCUAAAUUUAGAAUGAAAUGGCGAGAAGUUCUGUUUGGAAAACAAUUGGAGACGUGUGCGAAUCGGGUGACAUCAUCCUUUUUGAACGUUCUCGCCGAACUGCUUCAAUUACAGUCGCUCUUCCAUUUUUACUCAUUUUUUGACGAACCGCCGUUCUUAUUCACGCUCAUUGAGUGAUUUUCACAAAAAAUUCAUUAAGACUCGAUUUUCAACAAAAUGUGUUCUGCUCGGAACCUAAAUUUGCAAGUUGAGUACUGUUAAUACAUGCCGAUCCACGAGAAUCGGCGGUUCCACUUGAAUAGUCCUCUUUCUCUCUCUCUCUCUUUCUCUCUCUCUCUCUCUCCUUCUCCUUCUCCCUCUCGCAUCACACCUCGGCCCAUUUCCCAUCACCUCCUUAUCCCUUUUUCGUUCCCCUUUCCACGUGUUUUUCUGCCGUCGCGUCCGCAUCCAUCCGAGCAAUUAUGCUCUGCUUCUCUCGUCGGCUCUCUCCGUCUCGCACACUCUCUCGCUCAUUCACUGCUUCCACCAUAAAACUGCGCACUUUCGGUCGUUGGGACACCCAGAAAGCAUUGAUUCCGUCUCCAUUUUCCAUCCUUGUUGUUUAUUUAUUCAGCAGCCGUACUCUAUUCCUUUUUCGUCUUCUUCCUUCUCUUCUUCUUCAGUCACUUCUUUUUUGAUGUCUCUGUGACCCGAUUAAUUGGCUUCAAUUUCGAACACUUCAACAAGUAGCGGUUUUUGACAUUCAAAAGAGUGAGAAGGAAGAGAAGAGACGUCUCGCGUUCUUGACUUUUUCAAGGAUGCGCACGUCGAGAGUCAGGCAGAAAGAAAGAGUUUCCCAGAAAGUUCGUCUUCUUUUUCGCAGAGUUUCAAACCUCUAACCAGCAUUUUUUAGACGUUCGGUUAAAUUGAGUGAAUACUCUUGAACCGCUAAUUUCAAGUUCUACGGGCUCCAGUGUGUCAUUUCGCAAUUUCUGUGAAAUCACAGUGUGAAUGAAUUAAUUAAGAGCGCAAUCACCAGAGAUUGGCGAUCCUCCGAUUCCCGUCCUCUUCUGUCAAUUAUGAUUUCCUUUCGCUUCCAACCACACCGCUUCGCUUCUUCUCCGUUAUCAAUGAUUGCGUGUGCGUGGUUCGCGAACAUGCGGCUGAUGAUCUCGUGCGAAUGUCCCCCCGGGGCGCUGUGUUCACUUUCCUCGCAAUGACCUGCUUUCUAACUCAUUUCUCUUGUUUUCGACAUUACCCUUCCUCUUCGCCCGGUCUUCCAUUCGCAUCCAUCCGCCUACUUUUCACUAAUUUCUCUGCGCUUCUUCAUUUUCCAUCCGUUUCCAAAUAGGUAAUGAGUAGGACCGAUCCCUGCUUCUUCUCGUCUCGUCCCUAAACGCUUUUGUGGUUUCUUCGAACUGUGGGCGAUAAUUGUCGAAAACGAGACGACGUGGCUUUUUCGUUCUCUUUUCUUCUUCUCGUCCCGCCAGCUUUAUUAUUGUUUUCUGUGUUUUCUGUGUUGUCAUCGAACACAAAAAAGACGGAAGAAGAAGGAAAAGAAAAAGAAGAAGAGUAAUCCUAUUCCAUUCUGAAUUUUUGUGCCGCCGGUCCGGUAGCCGGUCGCCACGAAGAAUGGAUAGUUUCGAAAGAAAGAGAGAGAGAACCGAUCUGUUUGUUUGUUUGUUGGAAUUCGAUUCUCGUCCAGCUCAUGUUUGUUUUGACUAUGCAAAAGAGAAAAGAGAGAAAGCCGAAAGUACAUUGGAAUAAUGCUCCGGAUAGAAUAAUGCUCCGCUGCAAGUGCGCUUUAAUGAUAAACGUCCACGCUGUGACUCAGUGCGGAUCGCUUUCUUCUCGACAUCCUCUCAUAAUUUUCUCAUUAUUGAUUCUGCGCCUUUAAUAACUACCGUACUACUCGCGCUCAUCAGAAACUCAAUUUUUGGAAAUUUUCCCAAUUAUUUCUUCAGCCAGGAUUUAGAAACCUGUUGAAUUUCACUUUUCUUCCGAUUUUUUAAAGCUCUACGUUUCUAUUAGUGGCGCAGAGUAAGAACUCGACUAACUUUUCCAAUAUCGCAUAAAUCGACGCGGAGGAGAGCUGUAGAGCGUAAUUAUCAGAAUUUUGCUGUGUUAAUGUAGCUUUUCCGCCAUUUCUGUUUGAAUGUAUUAUUUGGAAGGGAACCUCUAAUUUAAAUGCAGUCGAACAAAAAAAGAUCAGUUUUGAAUAAAAUUUCGGGCGUUUCAGAGUAUUUUAAAGCGUUUCCUUCCGUUUCACUGAAAAAGCUUGAAUUCGCCGCCGAAACAUCGCUGAUCCCUCCGACAGAACUUCGUCUUGCUCAACUUUCGUUUCGAAUGCUCAUUUUUCAAGUUAAUCCUCUUGGCAAACAUUAACCCACCAUUAAUUAAACACUAUUUGCUCAUUAAAAAGUUUCGCAGACUGAGAGCGAGUUCCUUCUCUCUAGUGAGCUUUCCAUCAAACUACCGUACUCUUGAUUGACCCUUUCUAAGCGUCUCGUCUUGAGCCCGAGAUUAGUACUAUUCCCCCUUCUUCUUCCAAAGUAAACUAUAUCACAGAUUUCUGCAAUUAAGCCCUCCAAUCCAUCAUCAUCAUCAUCAUCUUCCUCCUCAUAAUCUUUGUACGAUGUGAAGGGGGGGACGGCGGGCAUAUCCGUAUAAUAACAGUUGCCGGGCCCUCGAUGCGCUUCCCUUUUCCUUCCAUUUCCAAUCGGUCUCUCUCUUUGAUAUAUAAUAAUAAAACGAUGAUGGUGGACGGGCCGAACGAAGAACUAGUUCCCCUUCGGUCUCUCCUCGCACGGCUUCCCCUCUCCUUCGCUCGCUCACAUCUCUUUUCAUCUGGAUGAUUCCCGAAAACACUUGCGUGUGAGGGAGGAGGAAUGACCAAAACAUUGUACUUCGCAUCUCGCUAAUAUCGCUUCAUGUUUCAGAUGAAUCGCAAAGUCACCGCGUGCGGAUUUCUUUAUGUCGCUCCGCCGAACUUGGACUUUUCCAUGCAGAGCCACUCGGCAAAGGUCAGUUAGGAAAAAGAGGGGGAAGAAGUUGAGUUGAGCAAAGAGUUUCAGAGAUGGCAACGCAGAUGGUUCACUUUAUUCGAUUCCGGCGAUUUGACAUAUGCGAUUGACAACAGUGUAAGUAUUUGGUCUGAAAUUAUCUGAAGUUAAUUUUGAUGCUUUCAGAUGGACACUCUUCCCCAACUGAGCAUAGACAUGUCGCUCUGUUACCGUGUCUGCGAAGCCCACGCAAUCACCGGCAACGCCCACUCGAUUCUUCUCGCUUUUAAUAAAACACGUGAGGAACAGCCGUCGAUAAUCUACAUAAAAGCGGACACGACCGAAGAGAUCCGCUGGUGGCAGAACAACCUGAGCAAGUACGCCAACUCGCAGAACGUGACGAUCCGGCCGCCGAGAAGGGGGAUCGGCGAGUUGCCGAUGAGCGAGGAUACGAUGAAGGACGUGCCCUCGUGCACUUCCUCCCGGUGCCCGUCGCCUGUCGAACGACUCGAAGUCGACCGAAUGAUUGAGGGAAAAGAGCUGAGGGGAUCGGUGCGGAGUGUCAAGCAAAGGAGUGUUCGCGACGAGAAGAAGGACUCCGAUGAGUCUCUUCCCUCACCGUCCGCCCUCCCGACCACCGCCAACGUCGUCAUCAAUGUUCCGGUGAACGCGUGCUCUCCUUCGUCCCGAGAAGAGCCCACUCCCACGAGCACCACCACAUCCGCCACCACGCCGACCAUUUCGACGGCGCCCACUCAGAAACUGAACAUUGACAUCUCGAAUGUGCACACUCUGCGGAAAGGAUGGCUGAUGUUGAGGGGCAAAUCGGACAACGACUGGUGCAAACAUUGGGUCGUACUUGCCGGAUUACAACUGAAACUGUAUAAGGAUGUAUGGGCAGAGGAUUCGACGGAACCACUGCUGACGGUCGAUUUGUCGCAGUGCGAGAACGUUUAUCCGUCGGCCAGCGCGAGAAAUUACGGUAUUGAAAUUAAGGUGAGCGCUUUCAUAUUAGAACUCUUCCGAAUCGUCUUCUUUUUCAGUGCCGCCGCAGCCGCUACGUGCUGUCCGCAAUGACGCCCGGAAUCCGUGACUCGUGGGUCUCUGCCCUCCAACAAAACCGUCAUCAUCCGUCGCCGACAUUCACGGAAACCUUCUCCAAUGACGCAAACAGCCUGGCCGACAGCUCCGACAUCCUCGGACUUCCGGUCAAGAAGAAGCACAUCGCCUACGUGGCUCCAGAAUCGCAUCACUCGAACUCGAUGAUGGAUGAGCACAGUUCGACGGAGUUGGAAGAAGAAGAGCACAACACGAACACAGCGAGAAGACGAAGAAGCCGACGAGUGGGGAGCCGAACGUCCGAAAGUGCGGAUCCACGUGGCAGAGGACGCGGGGAGAGUCUCUCACCUUCGGUGCGAAGGAGUCCAGUGGCGAGAAUCAAGGAACGGAGGGGCGAUAUGAGGCAGAGGUGAGUACAGUAACCACAGCGGACUGCUGAAGUUACAAUACUUCCAGAAACGCCUCCAACUCAUCGGCCGCAUCUCUUCAGGAGAAACCGGGUCGCGAGGAAAUACAGGUGAUCUUCACUUUCUUUUGAUUAAAACCAACACUCUCUCAUCAACUUUGAGCUCUUUCAAAAUGUUUUCUCGAGAAAAAAGUACAUAUGUGUUUGCGGCCUUUGCUCGGAGAGCAUCUGCUUCCGCCACACACACACGUGUUUCGCAUUCUCAUCUUUCCCGCCGUCGUCGUGCGAAACCCAAUUGUCAUCAUCAUUGUUUCCACGGAGCGGGGAAAAACUUAUUCCUCCCAUCUUUUCUUUUCCUACCCUCGAAAUUCGUACCCGUCCCUGCUUGUAUUCAUGAAGAAUCAGCCGGAAGAUCCGUUCGAGCGGGUCAUUCGAAACCUCCAACUCAUUGCCGAUCCGUUUCAGAGACAAAUCGGAACCGCCAGCCGGAUAAGCAGUGAUGAGACGAGACUCAGAUCGCUCGAGCAGCAGGUGAGACUGGGAAAGGGUACGGAGCGGGUCAUAACUAAGGAUUCUUUAGGUGGAGAACCUCAGAAGUCAGUUGGAUGAAGCGAAGGAUGACUCGACAAAAAGGAAGAGAGAUGCCGUGAAUCAGGAGAUCAAGGAGUUGAGAAUGACUUUGAAGUCGUCCGAAGACGAACUUCAGCGUUAUCGAAAAGAAGUGGAUACUCUCAGAAGACAGAUCACUCAGAACACGCAGACGUGAGUUCCUCCAGCAACCGUUCAGGACACAAACCAGUUUCAUUUCAGUGUCACCCUUCAACGUGCCAUCCUCUCCACCCUUCGAACUCAGCUCUCCGCUCUUUCCUCGUUGCUCCGCUCCAGUCUUUUCCUUGGAGCCAGUGAUCUCUUCGACUCUCUCGACACAAUCCUCGAUCGUAUUUCAGUGGAUUUGAACUUGGAGCAGACGGAAGACGUGCUCCGGCAGACCACCGAUCUCUUCGAGAGAGUCUCGUCGGCCGUGACAAUUCCAUACCUCUCUGACUCGUGGACUAUGACAGAGCCGGAGAAAGAGCCGAGAGAACGGACUCCUGGGGAUGAAGUGGAGGAAAAGAUCCGGGAAAUUCGAAGGAAUCACACUUCGGAAGUGGAUUCUAUCAAAUCGCAAUGCGAGCAAAGACUUGCAGUGCUCAAGGAAAGAGCCGAACGGGAGGAAGGAAGACGGAAGAAGCUGCAGGAGCAACUGGUGAUGGCGAGCACUCGGAGUGACGAGUCGAUCAGCUCGGUCAGAACCUCCUUCUCUCAAAUGCUCAACGAGCAGAGGAAGGCGUUCGACGACGAGCUGGAAAGUGUGAAAAAGGAGCACGAGGAGAGGUUGAUGGAGGAGAAACACGCGACGAGAUUGGCUCUGGAGGCUGUCAGAAGAGCGCACGAGGAGGAUCUGAAGAACGUGGCGGAGAAGAGCAAGAGCGGAGAGGGCAGCAGUAUCGGCCGACAGAGCGAGAUCUUCGACGAAAUGCGCGAAGAGUUGAUCAACGUGUGCGCCCUCUACUCGGCCAAAUGCGUCGAGAACUCGCAGCUCGACGAGCAACUCGCCAAUCUGAUCAGCGAGAAAGAAGCCAGUGUGUGAGUACCAUCGAUUUCCUCACUUUCCAUAUUUUGCAUUCUAACUCUCUCUCUUUUUGGCUUCAAAACGCUUUCCGCUUUUUCAGGGAACUCUCAAUUGAAAAUGAGAAACUUCGCUCGGAAAUCGACCGAAAAACGAAAGAAAUCAGCGAUUUGACGAGGAAAAUGAACAACUACGAGAAGUUGAGCCAAUCGAGGACAGGUAAAUCGAGAGCCCCUUUUCCUUGACUCAUAAUAAUAAUAAUAAUAAUACUGAAAUCCCUGAAAACUCGCCAGUUAGCCACAUUUCCUCUCGUUUUCCAGGUUCCUGUAGUAGUAUUUCAAUGCCACGGUGAGUGAGACAAAACGGUUUGCGCGGGCUCUUUCCUUUCGUUCCUCUCUUUUCCCCCGCAUGUCGUUUCCAUAACUCUCCUUUCGCUACUGUGCUGCCCUUCUUUUCAUUUCCCUUUCUUCCCGAUGUUCGGUUGCAUUCGAGUACUACUAUCGUCGUUGUGGAUUAUAGAGAAUGCUUGAGUUUAGUUUACAGAAACCAACAACUAAAAACGUUUUGGGUGUAAAGUGUAACGGCUUUCAAACUUUCCGCUUUUUUCGAGUAAUAAUCGUUUCGUUUUCCCGUUGUAUGCUCUGAAUGUGAACAGACGAUAGUGACAAAUAAUCCUCUAAAAAUUAAGAUUUUACGGAUCGUUUUCAGACCCCGAAGUGUUAGCCGGUACGACAGUCUCGCGCGCGCGUCGCGAAAAACAGAAGAAACGAAAUCGUCGUCAUGGUGAGUGUCAUGGCAUUCGACAUAAACAAUUUCAACCAAGAACUAUUGCAGACGUGCGUUUCCACAGUAACCCGAUCGAUGUGCCUCAACAUCUGAUCGAAGACGUCCGCCGUUCGAUGGCCGUGCCGGUCUCCGAACGUCGCAAGUUCUUCGAGCACAUCGCCGAAUACAGUACUCCCUUCUAG